AUGUCCGAGACAACGAUCGUUGCUUCCAACUGGCGCCUGGUUGAGGUCGGCCGUAUCGUUCUCGUCCAGGGCGAGGGCGCCUACGCUGGCCGCCUGGCUGCCAUCGUUGAGAUCAUCGACCACAAGCGAGUUCUGGUUGACGGUCCUUCCUCCGACGCCAAGCUCGUCGUCCCCAGACAAGCUAUCAGCCUGUCGGACGUCCUCCUCGCACCUUUCGUCAUUGAGAAGCUGCCCCGUGGUGCCCGCACCGGUGCCGUCAAGAAGUUCUGGGAGAAGGCCGAGAUCGACGCCAAGUGGAAGCAGAGCAGCUGGGCCAAGUCCAAGGACCAGAAGGAGAAGCGCCGCGCCCUGACCGACUUUGACCGAUUCAAGGUCCUGCGCCUGAAGAAGCAGCGCAGAUUCGAGCAGCGCAAGGCUCUGGCCAAGGUCAAGGCCUCCGCAUAA